AUUUGAAAAAUUCUCCCGGUUGUCCUUGCUCGCGGUCUGAUUUGGUUUUAAUUUUUAAUUUAUAAAUUUUGCGAUGUGGGAUUUCUAAUUUUAAAAUAAAGCCGGUGUAAAGAAUACUUUUCAGUUUUACUUCCACUGGUGUUACUAUUCAUCCUAAUUAUGAGCAAGCCUGGUACACCACCCCCUCCACAAACCUUCAACCCUCUACCAAAAAUCAUCAAUGGGGGCAUUGCCGGAAUCAUUGGUGUUUCCGUCGUAUUUCCAUUGGAUCUGGUCAAAACCAGAUUGCAAAACCAAACCAUCGGUCCAAAUGGAGAGAAGCAGUAUAAAAAUAUGUUGGAUUGUUUCCGCAAAACAUAUGCGGCGGAAGGUUACUUCGGUAUGUACCGGGGCUCUGCGGUGAACAUCAUCCUCAUCACCCCCGAGAAAGCCAUCAAACUAGCAGCCAACGAUAUGUUCCGGUUUUACCUUACACUACCUGAUGGUUCGUUACCAGUAUUUCGACAAAUGAUAGCCGGUGGGAGUGCGGGCGCGUGUCAGAUUGUCAUUACCACACCAAUGGAACUGCUGAAGAUUCAGAUGCAGGACGCUGGCAGAGUCGCUGCACAGGCCAAAGCGGAGGGCCGCAAGUUCGAGCGAAUCACGGCGAUGCAAUUGACGCGCAAACUGAUCAAGGAGCGCGGCAUCUUCGGCCUGUACAAAGGUGUCACGGCCACGGCGGCGAGAGAUGUGUCCUUCAGUGUUAUAUACUUCCCGAUGUUUGCGACCUUGAACGAUCUGGGACCCAAGGAGCCGGGAGCCACUGGACCACCGUUCUGGUGGUCGUUCGGGUCCGGCUGCGUGGCCGGCUCGUCGGCGGCGCUCGGCGUGAACCCGUUCGACGUGGUCAAGACGCGCAUGCAGACGCUCACCAAGGGCAGCGGCGAGCGGCAGUACUCGUCCAUCGUCGAUUGUAUCACACAAACAAUGAAACACGAAGGACCAACAGCUUUCUUCAAGGGCGGCGCUUGCCGUAUGAUCGUCAUCGCACCGCUUUUCGGUAUCGCGCAAACAAUCUAUUACCUAGGCCUUGCUGAAAAUUACCUAGGUAUCAAAUAAACACAGACCUUCUUCCGAGACAAUACACUGGUUUAAAUCGCAAUGCAUUUAUAUUGUUUGUUUGCAAAUUGUUUAUUUCAAUGCUAUUUAUGUUUCUAAAAACACCAAAAUGAUGAAAACUUAUAAAAAAUAGAAAAAUUCAAUAUACCGUUGUUUUAAAGUAUUUAGGUUUGGAAGUGUCUUAAAUGCAAUAGAAUGAUAUUUUUUUAGGAAUUAAUUA